AUGGCUUCAAUCCAUCACGCUUACUACAAUUCACAACAUCCAGCACGUCCUUCAGAAAGGAUGGAUUCAUACUUUCCACCUUUACCCAAACAAGUGGAAUCAAACACACAAAGCAAGAUGGCUAUCAACAGUAAACGUAGCUCUUUAGACGGAGCAUUUACUCGACCGAGCAAUCGUACUGUCACUGCUGCUGCAUUCCAGAGACAUUCAAGAGCACGCAGUGAAGGAUCAGGAUCACAACAAGAGGGAUCUUCAAAUCCAAUCAAGCUAACACCACCUCAAGCUCCAUUCAGUCGUUUAGACAACAGUGCUGAUACAGAGACACAUGAUGAAUUCAUGUACACUCUGCAUGGCAAACGAGCUUCGAUCACCUCUUCUUCACCUCUGCGUACCCGCACUGUACAAGCAACCGAAAUGAAACGAUCUUCACAAAUAAUGUCUUCGUUCAAUUCUCAUUUCAGUGACGAUAGCGAUUCAUCCGAUGACGAAGAAGGACCAGAAGAAGAAGAAGCAGACAGUUUCGAGACAAACUUUGAAGGAGAAUCAUCAACAAAUUCAACAACCCAUUCAAGUCCAUCACAACAUCCCGUUCAACUUUCAUCUUUCACACCUCCAAAAACACAUGAUGAAGUUGAAAGUAUGAUUAAUAAUUUUGCCAUUCUUAUGCGAUCUUCUUCUCACCGUCAAAGGUUAGCUUCUGUUCAUCUUGAUGCCGAUAAAUCAAGAUUCAAACGACAAUCGGAUCAAGUGCGAACGGCGAAAAGUGAUGAUGAAGAAGAUAGAAGAGGUCGUCAAAUGAAAAGUCAUUGGUGGCAUGAACAUGAAGAACAAAGGUCACCGCUAGGACGACACCUUUAA